UAGACCACUCAGUGUGGUAGUGACAGCCGUGCGUGGUGGUGGUGGUGUGUGUGUACCUACUGCCUCCAGAACCCACACGCACGCACACGUCCACGCACCCGCAACCCCGCCAGUCCAUCGCGUGUUUGGCGGCGCGUGAGUGAAACUCAACACGUGUAGAGUAUAGGGUGUGUUGUGGCAGUGGCCGAGGCUCCGCCCAGCUGGUGACUCCGGUUCUGGUGUCGGUCCGCGAAGGAUCCCGGAGUUGGUCCGUGAGGGACGCGAACCAGUCUGUGAGUUUGAAGUCCACACGUGAGUCCUACCAACACCUCGCUGUCCACUUACUUGUACAGUGGAACCAAGACUAAUAAUUUUGGUGCUUGAGUAUUGGUAUCAGCUUUUGUAAAAGAAUUGGUACUAGAGUACAAGUACUAGUAUUGCUGGAACUUUGGUACGAGGACAGUGAUUCCGAACCUUUUCGAAGUCUCGAGCUGAAAGAGGCACGAGUGUUAGUGAAACUGGUAUUUGAACUAGUGACAACAUCAGUGAAACUUGGCACUGGGUGAGCAGUGCCAUCAUUGGAGUACCUCUGGCACCUGGACAGAAGCAUCCAGCCGUAACGUAACCUGUCCUGAAGUAUAUCCGGAGCAGCUAGCCUAGUGUCAGUCAAGUGAGUGUGUAACUUACCACCUGCACCUUUCACACCCACCAUAUUACCACUUGUCUCAGCUUCUAAGCCGCAAUUCGCACCAUUUUAGCCACCUGCCGCAUCUCAGCCACACGCACGCUGGGCAGUGUUAAUUGUAAGGUGUAAGGGAGAGAGGGAGACGAGAGACUAGUGUGAAAAUAUGAGGCUGUGGUUGUUGGUGGCGGUGGUGAUGGUGGUGGUGGCGACGGUUGGAGACAUAGUCGAGGGAGCCAGAGACAGACAGAAGCGACACAAGAGACGACACGCGAAGAAAAAGGCGCCCGGGGACAUGAGCCAGAGCCUGCCAUACCGCCCACACCCGCACGCCCACCGUCGCCGCCCACACAACUCAUACAACGCUCCUGGUAGAGGAGGGCGUGCCAAGCUGGUCGGGUCAUCAUUGGCAAGCAACAGCAUUCAUCCAGACCUGGUUGAGCUCGGAGGUGGUCUCUACACUGACUGGACCAACUGGUCUCGCUGCUCCAGACGGUGUAAACAACGACGUCGGCGCUCCUGUCGUGUGCCAGCCGUCUGUGGCACUGCUGUUCUCAAGGAGGAGCGUAGCUGUACAGGUGGUCGUUGCUCCGGGAGGAGGCCCUUCCAUAUCAUCCGGCCGGAGGAGUUCUCUAAACAGCCGCCCAGGAAUGACAUGCGAGUCCUGCUCAACUUCAACUCAAUGUUCUACACUCGCUGGUCCCGCUGGUCCGCCUGCAGCAGGUCAUGCCUCACACGUAGAUACAGAUCAUGCAAGUAUCCGCUCUUCUGUGGGGAGCGAGUGGUGCACGAGGAAGCCUACUGCUAUAUAGAAGGUUCCCUCUGUGAGAAGUGGUACCGGCGCAAUCGACAACAUCCCCGCAAGAGACCUACCCCACUAGAUGAAGACGAUAACGAAACUACGCCACCUGCUUCAUCCCGGUCCUCAACGAUAACAGUGUCUUCAUCGUCGUUGUCGUUGUCUGAAAGGACGCUACCGCAGGAGUGCGGUGUCAGCAACGUAACGAAGCCAGCAUGGAGUAUGCGCAUCAUCGGUGGUCGCACUGCGCAGCCGGGAGAGUGGCCAUGGCAGGUGGUCAUCCUCAACCGCUACCACGAAGCAUUCUGUGGUGGUACGCUGGUGGCGUCGCGGUGGGUACUAACGGCAGCUCACUGCGUCAGGAGGAAGCUCUACGUACGUCUAGGAGAGCAUGACCUAGCUAUCAGGGAGGGACCAGAGAUAGAGUACAAGGUGGCGCGGACAGAGAUACACCCGCAGUACGAUUCCACCACUGUCGAUAACGACGUGGCACUCCUGCAGCUGCCGGAGGCGGUGGCAUCUGGCCCUUACAUCGCCCCUGCCUGCCUCCCUGACCAGGGUGCAGGUCUUCCCGUCGGUGACACUUGCACCAUCAUCGGCUGGGGCAAGGAGCGUAACACUCACAUCUUCGGCACAGAUGUUCUCCACGAAGCAGAGGUAGUUCCCAUCAUCGCGAGCGAUGUGUGUGAGUCAGUGUAUGAGGACUACUAUAUUACUUCUAACAUGUUCUGUGCUGGGUACCGUAAGGGUCGCAUUGACUCCUGUGCAGGGGACUCUGGGGGUCCUCUCCUGUGUCACCGCUACGGCAAAUGGUAUAUCUACGGCAUCACGUCUUUCGGAGAGGGUUGUGGUAAGCGAGGCAAGUUCGGCAUCUAUGCAAGGGUCUCCAACUACCGUCUCUGGGUGCAGAACGUCAUCUCGUCUCCUUUCCCUUGAAUGUUGCCCACACCCUCCGAUGGUGUCCUGAAAUUUGAGCACUUCCUUAACUUUUGAACGUCGCUCCUAUACUGGAACACUGCCCCUGAUUCUUCAGCAUUGCCCCUGACUGAUACUGGAGGACUGUUCCUCAUCCCUUUACACUGCUCCUCUUGAUAUGUAAAUGUCACCCCUUGACAGUGAGUCUCAGUCUUGAGAUGCAGGUCAGCUCUAGAGAAGUUUGGUGAUGAGGAUUGGUUACUGAGCUCAGGAAUGGAUUGGUAGAGCAACACGAGAUUUGAGCUUCAUGUGAAGGGCUAGACUGACUCAUGCUGAGGGCAUCUAUCCUGCCAGUCCAGCAUGGGAUAUAUUUAUUCAAGAAGCACAAGUCAGCAGCAGGCUGAAUCACCUCGUGUACUCAGUAACAUGAAUGCGAACUUCUGCUGAGUUGUGAACUAGUUCCUUUGCAGUUGUUUAGUCAGCCAGCUUGAGACAGAUCUGGGGUGAGGUCAUCUGUUAAAACACAAACUAGCCAUGAAGGUUCAGCUCAAUAAGUGUAUUCAGGCCUUCAACUGUGUUAUGCUUUUGAUAUGUUACGUGUGGAUGAUAAUGUUUAAGUAGGUGUCCACACACCUGCAAGGUUUACCAUAAGGACACCAAAACAUAUCGGGAAUGCGAUAAUCGAGAUCUAAUUAAAGAAAGCCUUAAGUUGAAAGUAUAAUGACAUCAAGUGGGGUUGUAAAGUAGAAGAAAUUCCUUAAUAGUGAAGAGGUAUGCCAUUUUGUUAGUGUGGUCAGUGGCAUCUUUGCAAAGAUGUUCCUUAGUGCCAAGUCGCCAUAUACUGCUACUGUGCCACACUGGUUUAUUGAAAUAGAGAACGUGAUGUCCUGUUAUGGACAAUGUCUGUCAGUUACUGAAGCCAGUGAAGUGGCAGGUAAUGAGUCAUGGUGGACCAUCUGUUAUACUAUUUAAUAUUGGAACAUGAAUAGUUUUAUGGAAGAACGAAACAUCAAGCAAACUGAAUAUUGUACAACAUUCUUCAGUUGGGUUAAAAAUAACGUCUUUAUACUUUUGGGAAUAAGUAAUAAAAGCAGUUUAUAACCUAGUUAGUAGCGGUGUAAUGUAUGAAAUACAUGCAUAACAGGAAAUGCUGGAAAACAAUAGCAUUUCCCUGAUUGUUUUAAAAUUUGGUUUAUAUGAAAAAGGGAGGGGGGGGGCAGAGAGAGAG